AUGACACCGGCUGUGGAGGAGAACAAAGUGGGGUGGGACGUGCGGCAGGUACUAGAGCACAUCCACGGGGGCCCUGCCUCCAGCCGUGCGCCCCUCACCAUCCUCGACGAGCCUGCGGGUCUGGCGCAGGGGCUGCAGGGCAGCGGAGGGACUGGGUGGCGCGACGCCCGGAGCAUCCUUGCAUCUAGUCCCCGCCCGCCGGUGCUGCCGCCGCUGCCCUGCGUGACUUCUUUGUGUUUUGCGUUCUGCCCGCGCCUCUUCUCCGCAGGACCUGUCCGUCCUCCUCCGGGCUACAAGAAGGCAGACGAUGAGAUGUCCCGGGCCACGUCUGUUGGAGACCAGCUGGACGCACCAGCCCGCACCAUUUACCUCAACCAACCGCAUCUCAACAAAUUCUGUGACAACCAGAUCAGCACGGCCAAGUACAGCGUGGUGACGUUUCUACCUCGAUUCUUGUACGAGCAGAUCAGGAGAGCUGCCAAUGCCUUCUUCCUCUUCAUUGCCUUAUUACAGCAAAUUCCAGAUGUAUCUCCAACAGGAAGAUACACCACCCUGGUGCCAUUGAUCAUUAUUUUAACAAUCGCAGGCAUCAAAGAGAUUGUAGAAGAUUUUAAGCGACAUAAGGCAGACAAUGCAGUUAACAAAAAGAAAACCAUAGUGUUAAGGAAUGGUAUGUGGCAAACCAUUGUGUGGAAAGAGGUGGCCGUGGGAGACAUCGUCAAGGUCGUCAACGGGCAGUACCUUCCAGCAGACGUGGUCCUGCUCUCCUCCAGUGAACCUCAGGCAAUGUGUUACGUUGAAACAGCCAACCUGGACGGGGAGACGAACCUUAAAAUACGUCAGGGUUUGAGCCACACUGCGGACAUGCAGACGAGGGAGGUGCUGAUGAAGUUGUCUGGGACCAUAGAGUGUGAAGGGCCCAAUCGCCACCUCUACGACUUCACCGGGAACUUGAACUUGGAUGGGAAAAGCCCCGUUGCCCUUGGGCCGGACCAGAUCUUAUUGAGAGGCACACAGCUUAGAAACACUCAGUGGGGCUUUGGCAUAGUUGUUUACACUGGACAUGACACCAAGCUCAUGCAGAAUUCCACCAAAGCCCCUCUCAAGAGGUCGAACGUGGAGAAGGUAACCAACGUGCAGAUCCUGGUGCUGUUCGGCAUCCUCCUGGUCAUGGCCCUGGUGAGCUCGGUGGGGGCCCUGUACUGGAACGGCUCUCAAGGAGGAAAGAACUGGUACAUCAAGAAGAUGGACGCGACCUCAGACAAUUUUGGAUACAACCUGUUGACAUUCAUCAUCCUCUACAACAAUCUGAUUCCCAUCAGUCUGCUGGUGACUCUUGAGGUUGUGAAGUACACACAAGCCCUCUUCAUAAACUGGGACACAGAUAUGUAUUAUCUAGGAAAUGACACCCCUGCCAUGGCCAGGACAUCAAACCUUAAUGAAGAGCUUGGCCAGGUAAAAUAUCUAUUUUCUGACAAAACAGGAACUCUUACAUGCAAUAUCAUGAAUUUCAAAAAGUGUAGCAUUGCUGGGGUAACCUAUGGUCAUUUUCCAGAACUGACAAGGGAACCAUCCUCAGAUGAUUUCUCCCGGAUUCCUCCUCCACCUAGUGAUUCCUGCGACUUUGAUGACCCCAGGCUCUUGAAGAACAUUGAGGAUCAUCAUCCCACAGCACCCUGCAUCCAGGAGUUCCUGACCCUGCUGGCCGUGUGCCACACCGUGGUCCCCGAGAGGGAUGGGGACAGCAUUGUCUACCAGGCCUCCUCCCCAGACGAAGCCGCUUUGGUUAAAGGGGCCCGGAAGCUGGGCUUUGUCUUCACAGCCAGAACGCCCUACUCUGUCAUCAUCGAGGCCGUAAGUGACAGCCCUGGGCACCGCCGGAUGCUCCUGGUCACCUGCUUUCUGGAAGGCUGUCUCGACAGAAAGAGAAUGUCUGUGAUAGUGCGAACUCCUUCAGGACAGCUUCGACUCUACUGUAAAGGGGCUGAUAACGUGAUUUUUGAGAGACUUUCAAAAGAUUCAAAAUACAUGGAGGAGACUCUCUGCCACCUGGAGUACUUUGCCACGGAAGGCUUGCGGACUCUGUGCGUGGCUUACGCCGACCUCAGUGAGCGGGAUUACGAGGAGUGGCUCCAAGUCUACCAGGAAGCCAGCACCAUCCUGAAGGAUCGUGCACAGCGGCUGGAGGAGUGCUACGAGAUCAUCGAGAAGAAUCUACUGCUACUUGGAGCCACCGCCAUAGAAGAUCGACUUCAGGCAGGCGUGCCGGAAACCAUAGCAACUCUGUUGAAGGCUGAGAUUAAAAUAUGGGUGUUGACAGGUGACAAACAAGAAACUGCUAUUAAUAUAGGUUAUUCCUGCCGGUUGGUAUCACAGAACAUGGCCCUUAUCCUACUGAAGGAGGAUUCUUUGGACCCCCCAAUCCAGAGAGAAUGCGAGCCUGCUGUGAAGCUUUCCCCAAAUCAGCUGUCAGAACUCAACCUGGUGUCUCCCCUGCAGAAGUCGGAGAUAGUGGACGUGGUGAAGAAGCGGGUGAAAGCCAUCACCCUGGCCAUCGGGGAUGGUGCCAACGAUGUGGGGAUGAUCCAGACGGCCCACGUGGGUGUAGGCAUCAGUGGGAACGAGGGCAUGCAGGCCACCAACAACUCGGAUUACGCCAUCGCUCAGUUUUCCUACUUGGAGAAGCUCCUGCUGGUUCACGGUGCCUGGAGCUACAACCGGGUGACCAAGUGCAUCCUGUACUGUUUCUACAAGAACGUAGUUCUCUACAUCAUUGAGCUUUGGUUUGCCUUCGUUAAUGGAUUUUCUGGGCAGAUUUUAUUUGAACGUUGGUGCAUCGGCUUGUACAACGUGAUUUUCACAGCGCUGCCCCCCUUCACGCUGGGCAUCUUCGAGAGGUCUUGCAGCCAGGAGAGCAUGCUGAGGUUCCCACAGCUCUACAAGAUCACCCAGAACGCUGAGGGCUUCAACACCAAGGUUUUCUGGGGUCACUGCAUCAACGCCUUGGUCCACUCGCUCAUCCUCUUCUGGUUUCCCAUGAAAGCGCUGGAGCAUGAUACUGUGUUGGCCAAUGGUCAUGCCACAGACUAUUUAUUUGUUGGAAAUAUCGUUUAUACGUAUGUUGUUGUUACUGUUUGCCUGAAAGCUGGUUUGGAGACGACAGCUUGGACAAAAUUCAGUCACCUGGCCGUCUGGGGAAGCAUGCUCAUCUGGCUGGUGUUUUUUGGCAUCUACUCAACCAUCUGGCCCACCAUUCCCAUCGCUCCAGACAUGAAAGGACAGGCAACCAUGGUUCUGAGCUCUGCGCACUUCUGGCUGGGAUUAUUUCUGGUUCCCACCGCAUGUCUGAUCGAAGACGUGGCAUGGAGAGCGGCCAAGCACACCUGCAAGAAAACACUGCUGGAGGAGGUGCAGGAGCUGGAGACGAAGUCCAGAGUGAUGGGCAGAGCAAUGCUCCGGGACAGUAACGGAAAGAGGAUGAACGAGCGAGACCGGCUGCUAAAGAGGCUGAGCAGGAAGACGCCGCCCACCCUCUUCCGGGGCAGCUCCCUCCAGCAGUCCAUGCCACACGGGUACGCCUUCUCCCAGGAGGAACACGGAGCCGUGACUCAGGAGGAAAUCGUCCGCGCCUAUGACACCACAAAGCAGAAAUCCAGGAAGAAGUAGGACGCUGCCUCCCGCCGGAGCGCAAGAAGAGACUCAUGGCAGCAGCCAAAACACCGCAACACGUCCUGUGGCCUUAGCCCGUUCCUUCGCUCCGUGCCCUGGCGAGCCUGGACCCAGACUGCCGGGGCGCCCCACGCCCUCCCUGCUCGUCCGCCGUGCUCGGCCCGACUCUUGUUUAAGCGUUCAACUGUGCGCUGUGAGGUGUGAAAUUAAAACCAUUAUGUUUCCCCAG